UGGUCAGCGAGAAGGUCGGAGGGGCUGAAGGGACCAAGCUUGAUGAUGACUUCAAGGAGAUGGAAAAGAAAGUGGACGUGACCAGCAAGGCGGUUACAGAAGUACUGACCAGAACAAUAGAGUACCUCCAGCCAAACCCAGCUUCCAGGGCCAAGCUCACCAUGCUGAACACCAUGUCGAAGAUCCGCGGGCAGGUGAAGAACCCGGGGUACCCCCAGUCUGAGGGGCUGCUGGGGGAGAGCAUGAUCCGCUAUGGCAAGGAGCUGGGCGAGGACUCCAACUUUGGCGACGCGCUCCUCGACGCUGGCGAGUCCAUGAAGCGCUUGGCUGAAGUGAAGGACUCACUGGAUAUUGAAGUCAAACAGAAUUUUAUUGAUCCCCUCCAGAACCUGUGUGACAAAGACCUGAAAGAGAUCCAGCACCAUCUGAAGAAGCUGGAGGGCAGGCGCCUGGACUUUGACUACAAGAAGAAAAGACAGGGCAAAAUCCCUGAUGAGGAACUUCGACAGGCCAUGGAGAAAUUUGAAGAGUCCAAGGAAGUAGCAGAGACCAGUAUGCACAACCUCCUAGAAACUGAUAUCGAGCAGGUGAGCCAGCUCUCAGCCCUGGUGGAUGCCCAGCUGGACUAUCACCGCCAGGCCGUGCAGAUCCUGGACGAGCUCGCCGAAAAACUCAAACGCAGAAUGAGGGAGGCCUCCUCACGUCCCAAGAGGGAAUACAAACCCAAACCCAGGGAGACCUACGACUUUGGAGACACUGACCAAUCUAAUGGGGGCUUCUCUUGCAAUCCCACCCCCAAAGUCUCAGCAGCUUCCUCCUCUUUCCGAUCCGACAAGCCGUCCCCGCCCUCCGUCAGGAGCAUCCCCCCCCUGGACCAGCCCUGCUGCAAGGCUCUCUACGACUUCGAGCCCGAGAACGACGGGGAGCUGGGCUUCAAGGAAGGAGAUAUCAUCACCCUGACCAACCAGAUCGACGAGAACUGGUACGAGGGCAUGAUCAACGGCCAGUCAGGCUUCUUCCCCCUCAACUACGUGGAAGUGAACGACCCAGCCCCCAGCCCCCCCUCCAGCCCGACUCUCUCCUCGCCGCGGCGCCUCGCCCGAGAUUGGCCACCAGGGAACAAGCCAGAAGG